GUCAUAUUUAAGGAUUCAUUUAAAAUGAACGAAUCGUUCAUCACUACUCCACUAAGCAUCAGCACUGCACACAGAGCCGAGGAGGUUUUCCUUUAAAACUCGCCAUGCAGCAAGUGUUAGGUAACCUGAUGGAGUUGCCGUCCACCACUAAGGCCAAUGACCUCGACCUCAUCUUCCUCAAAGGCAUCAUGGAAAGCCCUACUGUCUGCUCUCUUGCCAAGAUUCAUGAUCGUUUAGAAGAUACGAAGCUGGAAGCGGUGCAGGACAAUAAUGUUGAACUUGUGAGUGAGAUUCUUGGGGUAAUUCGUGGGCUGACUGUUAGAGACAACACUGCUGCAGAGUUAUCACGAAUUCUUCAGCAACCUCACUUCCAGUCUCUCCUGGAGGCCCACGAUAUGGUGGCAUCAAAAUGCUACCAGGCUCCGCCCCCCAUCGAUCCAGCCAUUGAAUCAGCAGUGAACAAUGCACUCAUGCAAGCUGAUGCAGUCAGAAUGAUCGGCAUUCGCAAGAAAGCAGGAGAACCCCUGGGAGUCACAUUCCGGGUAGAGAAGGACAACCUCGUGAUCGCUCGGAUUCUCUACGGCGGGAUGAUUGACAGGCAGGGCCUGCUUCAUGUAGGUGAUAUCAUAAAGGAAGUGAAUGGACAGGAAGUGGGAAGCAGCCCUACAGAGCUACAGGACAUGCUGAAGGACUGCAGCGGAGGGAUUACCCUUAAAAUCCUGCCAAGCUACAUAGAUUCGGCAACACCACCACAGGUUUACGUAAAGCCGCAUUUCGACUACGAUCCAGCCAAUGACCAUCUGAUUCCAUGCAGAGAGGCUGGACUCGCCUUCCAGAGGGGUGACGUUCUACAGAUAGUCAACAGAGAGGACCAGAACUGGUGGCAGGCACGUCAAAAUGUGGGAGGGGCCACAGGGUUAAUUCCCAGUCAGUUUCUGGAGGAGAAAAGGAAAGCUUUUGUUCCAAAGGACAUGGAUAGAGCAGGGAUCUUAUGUGGAACAGUGAACGUUAAAAUGAAGAAAAAAAAGAUGUACCUCACUUCAAGAAAUGCAGAAUUCGACAGUCAUGAGCUGCAGAUCUAUGAGGAGGUCACAUGCAUGCCACCGUUCCAGAGGAAAACACUGAUCAUGAUCGGAGCGCAGGGAGUCGGCCGCCGAAGCCUGAAAAACCGCCUGCUGAUGCUGCAUCCUGAUCGCUACGGAACCACAAUACCAUUCACAUCACGAAGGCCUCGAGAGGACGAGCUCAACGGUCAGACUUACCAGUUUGUGACACGGAUGGAGAUGGAGAUGGAUAUUAAAUUGGGAUGUUUCUUGGAGCACGGCGAGUAUGAUGGAAACCUGUAUGGCACCAAGAUAAGUUCCAUUCAUGAGGUGGUGAAAUCGGGACGAACCUGCAUCCUCGACGUCAACCCUCAGGUUCUGAAGGUGCUGAGAACAGCGGAGUUUAUGCCCUAUGUAGUGUUCAUAGCAGCUCCUGAGUUCGAGACACUGAAAGCUAUGCACAAAGCCGUCGUCGAUGCAGGCAUCACCACCAAACUGCUCAGAGAUGAGGAUCUGAAGAAGAGAGUGGAUGAGAGCGCUCGCAUCCAGCAGACUUACAGACAUUACUUGGACCUCACCGUUGUGAACGACAAUCUGGACACUGCAUUUGAAACUCUAAAGGCUGCUUUGGACAGACUUUCCUCUGAACCCCAGUGGGUUCCGGUCAGCUGGGUUUACUGAAGGAGUGAGUGUGUGAGCUGUGAUAUGGAGUGUGUGAGCUGUGAUAUGGAGUGUGUGAGCUGUGAUAUGGACAGUGUGAGCUGUGAUAUGGAGUGUGUGAGCUGUGAUAUGGAGUGUGUGAGCUGUGAU